AUGAGUACAAGGCCGCUUUCAUCAACCACUUCUACACCAAGCAAAGAUCGGUUUCUGUCUUUUGGAGCAUUCUGGAGCAUAUGGGACGUGAGGAGCAUGGAGGGACUUGGCACAUGGACGCAGCUCAACUGGAUACGCAAAGGAAGAAGGAGAAGCCAUCUUGAAGACCAGCUCGACCCCUACUCGACCAACCGGUCGAGUUCCUCAACUCGACCGGCCAAGCUUCAACUCGAUCGAGCUGAGAAGUCAACAGUCAAACCCGAAAAAUGUUGCUUCCCCCUUGACUUUCCUUUGACCCUAAACCUAAUCCUCUUGUAUUUAAAGGCUAAAAGCCACGAAAAAACCACCAAGCUUUAG